AUGAGCCACAUCUACGGCAGCCACCUCUCCCCCAUGGGCAGCCCCUCCAUGGUUUAUCUCCCGGCCACCCUGAGCUUCGCCCCCAGCGGUGCCAUCUCCCGGCAGGACCCCCCGCAGAAGCCCCCUUACAGCUACAUCGCCCUCAUCGCCAUGGCCAUCAAAGAGGCUCCGGAGCAGAAGGUGACCCUCAGCGGUAUCUACCAGUUCAUCAUGGACCGCUUCCCUUUCUACCACGACAACAAGCAGGGCUGGCAGAACAGCAUCCGCCACAACCUCUCCCUCAACGACUGCUUCGUCAAGGUGCCGCGGGAGAAGGGACGGCCCGGCAAGGGCAGCUACUGGACCCUGGACCCCCGGUGCCUGGACAUGUUCGAGAACGGCAACUACCGCCGGAGGAAGAGGAAGCCCAAAGCCCCGGGGCCACCGGAGGCGAAGGGCGGCGCGGCCCCCUCCGACGGCGGCCACCCGGUGCCGGCGGCUCGCCCCGACGAGCCCAAGAGGGCCAAAGGGAGCGCGGCGGCGGACUCGGGUGACGAGGGGGUGCCCAGGCCGGGGGGGGAGGAAGCGGUUCCCCCCGGGGGUCCGCCCCGCUGCGGCGGCGCCCCGGCCCCCGCCGCCGCCCCCCGCCCGCCCGCCGCCCCCGCCGCCCCGCCGCACAAGAGCGGUCCGCGGGGCCGCAGCUUCAGCAUCGAGAGCAUCCUCGCCCAGGGGCUGCGGCAGCCGCCCCCCGGGGCAGACCCCAAGGCGGCCCGGGAGAGCCCGGUGGGCUGCCUCGGCGGCUCCCUGGUCGCCAGCGGCGGCUUCGGCCCGGCCCUCAAUGCCUCCCUCAUGCUCGACUCCCAGGUGCACGGGAGGCUUUACCACAUCGGCAUCCCCUUCCUCUCCUGCUUCCCUCUCCACUUCUCCGAGGCGGUAUUUAAUUUCCAGUAGUUGCCCCAUAAUUAUAACCCCCCCAUCACCCUAGACCCCGGUCGCUGCUCCGGGGUCGCGAUGGGGAGGAGAGACCGGACUCAGACCUCAGCAAGCGGGUAAAGACCAAAACUAAUAAUCGAUGUUAAAAGGUGACUCAGGAUUUCAGGGCAUUUUCAAGGCACUCCUGGCUGCGGAGCUCUCUUUAGCGAUUGCCUCCCACCCCUACCAGAUCGACUUUUAAAGGUAAAACGGUUUGCUUUUCCCAUGGGUGGCGGAGGUACACAGGCAGGCAGCGGGGGGGGGUCCCACGCUGGCCUACAAGCCCCACCGGGUUUGAUCUGCACCUUUAGUCUUUGCAUCCCUCAGGUUUCUCAGACCUGGUUUCUGCUGAGCCCUUUGGGUCUCUGGUUUUCUUCUUCUUUUUUUUUUUUUUUUUGGCUUGUGAAACCAAAACCACCCCUUCCAUCCCUGGGGGAGGAGAAGGCUGAGUUUUGUUUUGCCAUUAAUACCCACGGGCGCCUGCACAUAAUAAUUCCUGGGAUUGCCCUCCCGGCCCAGUCCUCCGAGUGGGUAAAAGGCAGGUAACCAGAGCUGAAAUAAGGGCAGACGGAAAAACCCAGGCUCAUUCUGCACAACCCUGCUUGCUUUGACUCAGCACUGUAUAUAACUCAUGGCGUUAAUGCAAGCUGGUUUCCUGCGUAGCACUUGUGCUUCUCGAGUAUCGUGAUAGCGUUUCUGUCCAGCUGAUGUGGCUAGAGAGAGGGGGACGGAUGAGCCAACACGUUGCGAACGUGGAGAUGUGGCCGGUUUCCAUGUCUUGCUGGGAUCAGUUGCUUCUGACCAGAGAAGACUGAAGCAGGGUUGGAGAGGCCGGUCUUGGUGUUUUGAAGUAGCUGUGUUAACAACCCAGACAAAUACCAGGAAAAAGGAGAAAUAUCAGCUAUGUUUCUAAAGUUUUCCUUAAAGAAGGAAGAAUCCAGACAAGUUACAAUCAGGAAUUUUUUUUUUUUUUGCCAUAUUUUGUAUAUUAGUGGAUUUGGAAAAAAAAAAUCUAUAGUCUCAAUUUUCAUUAUGAAACCAAACCUAUAUCCAAUAAAAGUUAUUUUGUUCAGGA